CUGCAUUGAACAUUUCUUCUGGAAGCUUCUGAACAGGAACUUCGAGAAACCUUCCCUGACUUAUAAAAAGACAGCAGCAUAUGGGGGGGUCUGCAUAGAGUCACAAGACACUCACUUGAACGCACCAGAGAGAAACUCAGCUUUCUACAGAAGCAGCAGCGACGCGCUUUAAGCUUUGAGACAGAAGACAUUAAUCUGACGAUCAUCCUCUACAACCAGAACUAGUUCUAGUCAAGAUGCCAGAGAAUGCUGCACAUGUCAUGGAGGAGGAGGUGGAGACCUUUGCCUUCCAGGCUGAGAUCGCUCAGCUCAUGUCCCUUAUCAUCAACACUUUCUACUCAAACAAAGAGAUCUUCCUUCGAGAGCUCAUCUCCAACUCUUCAGAUGCUUUGGACAAAAUCCGAUACGAAAGCUUGACAGAUCCCAGCAAACUUGACUCCUGCAAAGAGCUGAAGAUUGAAGUCAGACCUGAUCUGCACGCUCGCACCCUGACCAUCAACGACACGGGCAUUGGAAUGACCAAAGCGGACCUGAUCAACAACCUGGGAACCAUCGCCAAAUCUGGAACCAAAGCAUUUAUGGAGGCUUUACAGGCCGGAGCUGACAUCUCCAUGAUCGGGCAGUUCGGCGUGGGCUUCUACUCUGCAUAUUUGGUGGCUGAGAAGGUGACGGUCAUUACCAAACACAAUGACGACGAGCAGUAUAUCUGGGAAUCUGCAGCCGGAGGCUCCUUCACAGUGAAACCUGACAACGGAGAGCCCAUAGGCAGAGGCACUAAAGUGAUCCUCCACCUCAAAGAAGACCAGACUGAAUACUGUGAAGAGAAGCGCAUCAAAGAAGUUAUAAAGAAGCACUCCCAGUUUAUUGGCUACCCAAUUACACUUUAUGUGGAAAAGACGAGGGAAAAGGAGGUGGAUCUUGAGGAAGGAGAGAAGGUGGAGGAAGUAGAAAAGGAGAGUGCUGAGAACAAAGACAAACCUCAGAUUGAAGACGUGGGAUCAGACGAAGAUGAAGACACAAAGGAUGGAAAAAACAAGAGGAAGAAGAAGGUCAAGGAAAAGUACAUUGAUGCUCAAGAGCUAAACAAGACCAAGCCCAUCUGGACCCGUAACCCAGACGACAUCACCAACGAGGAAUACGGGGAGUUCUACAAGAGUCUCACCAACGACUGGGAAGACCACCUGGCAGUGAAGCACUUCUCAGUGGAAGGUCAGCUGGAGUUUAGAGCCCUCCUCUUUGUACCGAGAAGAGCUGCCUUUGACCUCUUCGAAAACAAGAAAAAAAGAAACAACAUCAAGCUAUACGUGCGCAGAGUAUUUAUCAUGGACAACUGUGAUGAGCUCAUCCCAGAGUAUCUCAAUUUCAUUAAAGGUGUGGUGGACUCUGAAGAUCUGCCCCUGAACAUCUCCAGAGAGAUGCUGCAGCAGAGCAAAAUCCUGAAGGUCAUCCGCAAGAACCUGGUUAAGAAAUGUCUGGAGCUCUUCACAGAGCUGUCUGAGGACAAGGACAACUACAAGAAGUUAUAUGAACAGUUCUCCAAGAACAUCAAGCUUGGAAUUCACGAAGACUCUCAGAACAGGAAGAAGCUGUCUGAGCUGCUAAGAUACUACACCUCAGCCUCUGGAGAUGAGAUGGUUUCCCUCAAAGACUAUGUCUCUCGCAUGAAGGACAACCAGAAACACAUCUACUAUAUCACUGGCGAGACCAAGGACCAGGUGGCCAACUCUGCUUUUGUGGAACGCCUUCGCAAAGCCGGUCUUGAGGUCAUCUACAUGAUCGAGCCCAUCGACGAGUACUGUGUCCAGCAGCUGAAGGAGUAUGAUGGAAAGAAUCUGGUUUCAGUCACCAAGGAAGGUCUGGAGCUGCCUGAGGAUGAUGAGGAGAAGAAGAAGCAGGAGGAACUCAAAACUAAGUUUGAGAACCUUUGCAAGAUCAUGAAAGAUAUACUGGACAAAAAGAUUGAAAAGGUCACAGUUUCCAACCGCCUGGUCUCCUCCCCAUGCUGCAUCGUCACCAGCACCUAUGGCUGGACGGCUAACAUGGAGAGGAUCAUGAAAUCCCAGGCCCUAAGGGACAACUCCACCAUGGGAUACAUGACAGCCAAGAAGCAUCUGGAGAUCAACCCACUCCAUCCAAUCGUCGAGACACUACGGGAGAAGGCUGAAGUGGACAAGAAUGAUAAAGCAGUGAAGGAUCUGGUUAUCCUGCUGUUUGAGACCGCCCUGCUGUCUUCAGGAUUCACCCUGGAGGACCCUCAAACACAUGCUAACCGCAUCUACAGGAUGAUCAAACUGGGUCUUGGAAUUGAUGAUGACGACUCUGCAGUUGAAGACAUCAUUCAGCCGACUGAUGAAGAUAUGCCAGUAUUGGAGGGAGAUGAUGACACAUCAAGAAUGGAAGAAGUUGACUAAAUGUUUUUUUCAGGCCUUUCAAAGGUUUUUUAUUUUAUUUUUGUAACAUGUGUUGUAUUGCCUGGACAAAACAAAUACAGACAUUAAUUGACUUUUGCCAAAAUGGAAACACUGUAUAUAGAAACAUUUAAAAACUCAAUUCGCUAUAUAAAAAGUUUCUCAGCUUUCA